GCGCACGUCACGAUCAUGAUGAGAAUUAAUGAUCGGGGCCGCUGAUUUCAUUGUGUGACGCCGGGACCGACCCAGCCGAGCCCGGCCGAGCCCGGAGCCCCCGCGCCGGCCCCGCGCUACACGUGCCAAUGUGUUGCCAACCAGCUGGACACCUGGCUUCCCAAAAGCUCACAGGCUUGUUUGCUAAGCUUGGCAAGUCAAGAUCAAAAUGAAAUUAUGAUAAAAAUCCAUGUGGAUUUCUAACUUGGAGUCUGAGGUUCAAGACAAAGAUGAAUCUGCGCUCUGUGUUUACUGUAGAACAACAAAGGAUAUUGCAGCGUUACUAUGAAAAUGGAAUGACAAAUCAAAGUAAAAAUUGCUUUCAGCUCAUAUUGCAGUGUGCACAAGAAACUAAACUGGAUUUCAGCGUGGUCAGGACGUGGGUUGGCAACAAGCGGCGGAAGAUGAGCAGCAAGAUCGCCGUGGAAUCUGGGGGCACCCCCCCGAGCACUGCUCCCGCCACUCCCUCCGUGCCCCCGGAGGCAGCCGUGAGAAACGUGGUGAAUAUUGCUCGAUCCCAAAGCCAGCAAUCCUCUUGGACCUCUUCUAACAAUGAUGUGAUAGUGACCGGGAUCUACAGCCCCGCCGGCUCCUCGGGCCGCCCGGGAGCCGCCAAGCACACGAACGCCUCCGUGGCGGAGCUGCACAAAACCUCCAUCCCACGGCUCCCGGGCAAGAGCGACGCGGACUUCCAGCAGCAGCACAUCCCUCUGGGACGGCAGGUGCCCCACUGUAAAAACGCUUCCCUCUUGGUAGGGGAAAAGACCAUUAUUCUAUCCAGGCAAACGAGCGUGCUCAAUUCUGCAAACUCCAUCUACAGUCACACGAAGAAAAGCUACGGCAGCUCCUCGGUGCAGACGGCGGAGCUGGUGUUACCUCAGAAACCCAUGAUCUGCCACCGGCCCUGCAGGGCCGAGCCCUUGGCGUGCCAGCGCUUGCACAAGGCCGAGCCCGCGGCCCUGGCGCCGCACGUUCCCCCGGGGCCCAGGGCUCACCCCCGGGAGCCGGGCUGCGGCACCCAGAACCUGGAGAUCCGCGAGGUGUUCUCGCUGGCCGUCACGGACCAGCCGCAGCGCCUGGUGCCGGGCAGCACGGCACAGAAAGCGGCCUCGCUGGAGGGCAGCUGCCUGUCCAUCGCCAUGGAGACCGGCGACGUGGAGGACGAGUACGCCCGCGAGGAGGAGCUGGCCUCCAUGGGGGCGCAGAUCCAGAGCUACUCCCGCUACUGUGAGGGCAGCGGCUCCGGCCGCAGCGGGGACAACCAAAGCGCGGCCGGGCCGGGCCGCAGCGGGGGCUGCGGGGCACAGCUGGGCCCUGCCCGCGACGGGCCCGACAAUCUCCUGUACCACAGCAGAGAGUUCCACCUGCCUGCACGGACCUCAUUGCACACCGCACCCAGCACGAUUUAUAACCCUGCCAACGCAGCCAGAAGUACCUUUUCUCCUCAUUUUACAUCUUCAAGUCAACUGAGGCUGUCACAAAACCAAAAUAAUUACCAGAUUUCAGGAAACCUUACUGUGCCUUGGAUUACAGGUUGUUCCAGAAAGAGAGCAUUACAGGACCGCACACAAUUUAGUGACCGAGACUUAGCUACCCUAAAGAAAUACUGGGACAAUGGCAUGACCAGCCUGGGCUCAGUCUGCAGAGAGAAAAUUGAAGCUGUGGCUGCAGAAUUAAAUGUUGACUGUGAAAUAGUUCGGACUUGGAUUGGGAAUCGAAGACGGAAAUAUCGUUUAAUGGGGAUUGAGGUCCCACCCCCUAGAGGAGGUCCUGCUGAUUUCUCUGAUCAAUCUGAAUUUGUUUCUAAAUCAGCACUUAAUCCAGGAGAGGAAACUGCUACUGAAGUGGGGGAUGAUAAUGAUAGGAAUGAUGAAGUAUCAAUCUGCUUAUCUGAAGGAAGCUCACAAGAAGAGACAAAUGAAGCUCUUCAAAAUGAAGAAAUUGGCCACAAAGAUGAUGACCAGAAUCCAGUUUCCACUGAUAAUGUGAAAAUAGAAAUUUUAGAUGAUGAGGAGAGUGAUCUGAUCAGCAAUUCUGAAGUGGAUCAGAUGAGUUCUCUUUUGGAUUACAAGAAUGAAGAAGUCAGGUUCAUCGAGAGUCAGCUGGAGAGCCACAAACAGAAAUACUUUGAGCUGCAGACGUUCACCCGCAGUUUGAUACUUGCAAUUAAAGCAGAUGAUAAGGAACAGCAGCAGGCUCUGCUUUCAGACUUACCUCCUGAGCUGGAAGAGAUGGAUUUCAACCACACCUCCCCGGAGCCCGACGAUACCUCAUUCAGCCUCUCGUCGCUGUCGGAGAAGAACGCCUCAGACAGUUUGUGAUGCUCUGUCCUGGAGAGCCAGCACAAACCCCAGGGAGGUGCAGAGCAGAGACACAGACACAGAGAGGCUUUGCUCUGCAGUGUUCUCAGCCUGGCUCCUCACAGCCUUGCAGUGCCCAGGAGUUGGCAGUGCUGGCUUUGGGAAAUGGAAGAGGUGAGGGAAGGGUGCACCGGGAGCAGCUUGGCCUCGGGUAGGAUUAACUUUGAUCUCCAGAACAACUCUGGCUCUGUAGCAAAGUCUUUUUUGAGCAGGGAUGCAAGAGUGGGAAACACACCCAGUGAAUUCUCCAGCUCCAUGUGCUCCCCAGGCCUGUUUAUUAUAUUUUUCCCCAUUUUUACUCAGGUAGGUGGACUAAAAAUUGGGGAUCCAAAUAGAAUAACGGGCUUUCUCUGAGUUGUGCUUGAAAACCUGAAAUUAAACUGAAGUGUUUUUUGUUUUCUGAUUUGAGAUUGUUAAAUCUUCCAUUUUUCUGACCAAAAUAGCUGAAAAAAAACCUUGAAAGGCUAACUGAAAAAGUUGAAUUAUCAUGAAUAAAUUAUUAAUGCAAAGAAGCAGUGAUAAGUGUUGGAAGAAAUGAGGUGGAAAUGGGAACCCUGAUAGCUGCAGGACACAACUUCCUAAUACAGUAGCAAUGGGAUUGGAUGUUUACACUCUUUAGAGUUUAAUGAUUGUAGUCUCAGUUUUUAUUUGUCAAAGCCUGAAUGCUAAAGUACUGCUUAUUAUUUUAAUUCUUGGGUAUAUAUUUCUCCACAAACUUUGCUCCAGUUUACCAAGCCUGUCAGAAUUCCCCAGCUGUCACUGCACCCUGCAAGGUUUCCCAGUGUUGGAGGUGAGCUCUGCAGAUCUGCUUUGAAGCCCUGCCUGGUGCAUUUUUUGGCCAAUGCCAUUUCUAAACUGUGAUCUGGAUUGCAGGCAGGGGCUGAACUGAAUUUUCUCCUUUCCCAGAGCUGUUGGCACUGAAUCCCCUCAGUCCUGUGGUGGGAUGGCUGAGCAGAGGUGUCCAGGUGGGUUCAGGGGGUGUGUUGGGGUCCAGGGAAUGCCUGGCCAAGGCAGGGGUGCUGUGCUUGAGCUGACAGGGUCAGUCCUAGAGCUCUUCUCCUCCAGGGUGGGUCUGUGGGAUGCUGCAGGUGCCUGCCCAUGGCAUUGAUGCUCCAGUUCCAACCUGGAUAUCCCUCAGCAAGCAUUUUUACACACAGAUGCUUCAGUCUGGUAAAAAACCUGAUCUUCCCAUUUUAUGCCAAAUAAUAAUUGACUCUGGGGAAUCCUUGUUCAUGCAGUGAGUAACUCCCUUAAUUUCAGUGGGAGGUCCAAGAUGUAGCUCAGAAAAUCCAGAGUGUUGGGGAAAUAACACCUUUUUUCCUUUAAUACUGGGAUUAAACUCAGGUUUUAGGGUUUUCUCAGCCUGAUCAGUUCCUCCCUAAUCACUUGUACAGCUCUUUCUGUUUAUUAUCAGUAGUGAGCUCUGAUCUUUCAGGUUUUCAGUCUCUCCUCUCCUUGGGCACGGGGAGGUUUUAGCAAUACUGUUAAACACCAGCUGCAGAAAGGGCAGGAAUGCUUUUAAAAGGUGUUCUGAGAAACCAAAAUCUCACAGUUCUGCCCCCUGUACAUUCAGUAAGUUCCCAGCAGAGCCACCCUCCCACAGGGAAAUCCAGAGUUCCAGGCCUGUGUGUGAGCUGGGGCCUUAAAACUCAGAGUGGGAAUGAGGUUUGUGAGCAGAGCUCACAGUGCUGUCCUGCACAGAUACACAGGGCUGAGCUGGAAUUCUCUGCAAAACUCAUUUAUAAAGGGUUUUCUAUGCCAGGCUGACAAUGGUUUCUGUUGCUGUUCUCUUUAGACAGGAAAUCUGUGCCACUGACAAUGAAACCUCUUGUUUUCUGUGAAAUUAACAUAAAAUAGUGCUGGGAGCUGCCACUGUUUGGACCCUGUUUUUCUGCCUCUUCCACUUGAAUUCCCAUGACAGAGAGCAGGACACUCUUUAACAGGAGUUCUCAAUUUCAUGGUCAAUUAAAUCAUCUGCCUUCCUGCAGGAAAAACUUCCAUUGAUGAUUCCUACUUGGCUGUCUUGCUGCUAUUUCAUACCCAAACAAAUGGAAGGGAUGGAUUUUGAAUGAGCUGUUUGCUGGACACAAGCAGUGAUGUCAGUCCCUGUUCUCCAGGGAGCUGGGAUCCUCUUGGAUUGCAGCUGAGGUGAGCUGCACCCAGGCCCACCCCAUCCCUGGGGAUGGACUGUGGGGGGACAAAACACAGCCUGGCACACUUGGCAACACCACAGGACAGCCAGGAAAAAAACAAAAAAAAAAAAUAGAGUAUAAAUUCUAUCCUUGAAUAACAGAAUCUGGGGAGGGAGAUGCUCCACAGCUCCUUGGCUGGUGUUCUUUGGUAGCAGUGGGUAUUUCAGAAAUUGAAUGACUGUGACCAUUAGUGGUGGUUCAAUGUUGGUGCAGAGCAUGGGGGUGGCUCUGGGGUGGGUUUGGGUUCAGAGUGUUUCCCUGUCUGUAGGAUGGACAAACACCUGCAGUAAGUGCAGUUCAUCAUUCCAGAACCUUCCACAGGAGAUGAAGCUCAUGCUGUGCUUCUCAGGGUGCCAGAAAUCAGCCCCCUGUCUGUCCCAGUGAGUGACUGUAAUGUGAAUUAUCAGGGGCCUCCUGUUGGUGGUGUUAUCACCUUUCUGUGGCCAGGUAUCAAUGUUUGACCAUCCUGCAGAGUCUCUUUGUCCAUGAACAGUGACUUCCCUGGCAUUGUUCAUCCCUAAAGCACCCAUGGGAGCAUCAGUGAUGUUUUUCUGAAGGUGGGAAGGCAGCCCAGAGCAGACACUUCACCAGAGGCAGCACAGGCUCUCCCUGGGGUUUGGGUGCUGGAAGUUUUGCUCGUGGUUAAAUUCCCAUUUCCUGGAGCUCUGCCUGCUUUCCUCUCCCUGCAGCUGAUGCUUCAGUCACAUCCACAGGUCUGACAGGAGUAACAGUGGCAGGAAAUACUCCAAUAAAACAAUAAAUACUCCAGCAGGUGAAUUUGGGGCAGGUUUAAAGGCACCUGAGCAGAUGAACUGUAUGAGGUCUCUGGAGUCCCCAGCUCUGCACUUUAAUCUCUCCAAGUAUUUCUUUUCACUAAGGCAAUAAAAAGUGUGAAAUGAGGAGUUUGGGGCUUUGCAGCCCUGGGAGUGAGGAGAAGAAAUGUCCUGGUUCUGUCCUCACCUGAGCUGGGCAGCAGCUUUAGAGAGCCUGUUCUCCAGGGGGAGAGGCUGGGGGUGCUGCAGGCUCAGGUGAGUCCUGAACAGACCAGCAGCACCCUGGGCAUCCUGCUGGGGAUGGGAAUGGGAAUGGGAAUGGGGAAUGGGAAUGGGAAUGGGAAUGGGAAUGGGAAUGGGAAUGGGAAUGGGAAUGGGAG